GUGGCAGGAACGAGAAGUCCCGCAGAAAAUUCGGAGGAUCUACGAUCCACGUUAUUCGCGCUUCAGCUCCGGUCCCUGGCAGAUUCGUCGCAGCGAACCUAUCGGUCCUCAUCGCAACAGUGGUGUCAAUAUCGGCGCUCUCGACAACUCCCGAUCUGGCUACCUCGAAAUGACCCCGAUGAGCAAUCACUACAGCUGACUCUCUUCGCAGUGCAAUGCUGGCGCACAAGUGGCAUUGGAUUCGCCACCAUUCAAUCAAAGCUUAGCCAUGUCGGCUGGUAUCAUUGCAUCAAAUAUGGCACCAGACCCAAGCUCAACGACGGACACCACCUCGCGCUUCGGGGACUCCGACGGACAGCUAGCGCGUCACGACCUCGCGCCCCCGUCAGUCAACAACUCCUCGUUGCAUUCAGCAACCUCGUCGACUUUGGCAACCCACAACACCGCGUGCUUUUUGGGGCUACGGUGCUGGGCUUUUACUUUCUCCUCCGACGCUCGGAAUACCUAAUAUGCGAUGGUCGCCGAUAUCCGUAUUGCCUCGAAGUUCGGGAUGUCAAGGUUGCUGACGGUGAAGGCCGCACGACGUUAAACUACCAAGCAGCAGCUUCUGUCCAGAUUCAGUUUCGGGGAAGCAAGAAUGACCAGUACCGCCAAGGAACUGCAAGAAUGCUACAAAAAGCAUCUCGUCCACCGAUUUGCCCUGUAUUUGGUGCCAUCUGGCUGAUGAAGAACGCCGCAGAUCUCGAUCUGUCCCCUGAGAAGCCGCUCUGUUCAUUAUCAAACUCCUGGAUGGUUUCGGCAAAGAUGAUGAAUGCAGCACUUCAGCUAGCCGCUCAACAUGUUGGCCACGACCAGCGUCUGUAUACUACGCACUCGCUCAGAAUUAGAGGAGCGACAGCAUUAUUCCACGGUGGAGCUGAGCCAACGGCAAUCGAGUAUCACGGGCGAUGGCGAUCUGAAGCUUAUCGCCGAUACACACGAAACCCAGAACAGCGCACAAGACGGCUGACUCAACUGAUGGCUAGUGAGCUAACAAUGUCUACAGCAACUACGUCUUCUGAUCACUAA